CGAUUUACUUUCAUUUACUGUUGUGAAAGAUUGCUUUCUAACUUUGGCGCCAACGACCUUUUGUCUGAUUGCCGGUUUGCUUCUUGGCUACGUUCCCAAGUUCAUCUGCUAACAAUAAAAUCUAGACGACAGGUUUUUCAGCGACAAAAAAAAAGUUGGAGUGGGGAUGUAGCUAUCGUGUGCGAUCCUUGAUCCUCGCAACAGCAGAUGAUCGUUUAGUUAAGCGCAGUCACUUUCGCUCGGGACAUCACCGUUAAGCUCUCUGGCACGUGUUUACUGCUCGCACAGUAGCUAAUCAUGAAACCGGACACCCACAAGCCGGAAUCGUCACCGUGGGAUAAGUUGGAGCAGUUGGUGAAAGAAACGCGCCAUUUUCUCACUGAGUACGACGACAUUGUGCUGCACAAAGAGCUGUACCGUACGUUGUUUAUGUAUCACUUGACGAAUCUUCGAGAUGAGGUGAUAUUGCUGCUGAAAAAGUUUACCACCCUUCCGAAAGAUAUAGCGGAGGAAAAGGAAAUUGAGUGCUGUGGUGUGAUGUACAGCGAUAAGGAAACGUUUAAGCAACACUACGAGGAUGCUCAUAAUAAGAAAGUUCUCCAGUCAGCUUCCUUAUGCGAGCUUAAAAUGUCGUUGACAAAAAUUGCUUUCUUCGAACGACAUCUCAAAGAUUAUCUAUUGGACGGACAGGAAUCAAGCUGUGAGCUUUUGCUGAACUUGCGAAGGAUAUUGAGGCGGUUGGAUCAUACAUUGGAGUUUUAGUUUUUAUUUUCUUUAAUGUUGUUAACCUACCCUUGACAGUAAUUAUUUUCAAUAAAUCGCUAAUAACAUGGUA